AUGGCUUCCAGACUUCCCGGAGGGCCUCCGGCUGGGCCGAGCCUGAUAUCACCAGGGGCUCCGGGUACCUCGGUGAAUGCACCUACACAGAGAACCCCUUCUCUUGUGGGAGAUAACCCCAACGGUGUUCAGGACAAUGUGCCUGUCGAUGCUCAGACAAAUACAGAUUCGAAACCCACAUCAACAUCCCUACCACUGAGGGAGGUAUCGGCGUCAACCAAACCUGACCAGCAUCCGGAUUUGGGCCUAUCAGGGAGGAUAAUAAGCGCAGCAUUUUGUAUUCCUUACAAGUUGCAGAUCAGCCAUGACGGAGAAUGGGAACUUAAUCACCGACCUGGGACUGCGGCGCUAUUCGACUCGUUUGCCAACCUAGCAUCCCCUGAAUCUCAUUGGUCUCACACUCUUGUUGGCUGGACUGGUGAAAUAGAACAGCAAUCACCACCAGAUAACUCAUCCUACCAACUUCAAAACAAUAAAACUGUUUCAUCGACAAACAAGCCGUGGGCCCCGAUUCCAGUCAAUACAUCCCAGAAGCCACAGCCACCACCUAUAGACGGCAUUCGUAUAACUGUCGACGAUCGUCGUCGCCUUGAGAGCCAGGUCUCUUCGAGCAAGUUUGGAAAUAUUUUACCUGUCUGGUUGAGUGAUGAACUUGAGUCCCCAGACCAAGAGAUGCAAUUGAAAGACCAGGGUCGCUGGCGCCGUUACGCUGAACGAGAGAUAUAUACCCUCUUCCACUAUAAGCAACAUGGUCCUACCGAUGGCCGAUCUGAAAGACAAUGGUGGCAAGACUAUCAACGACUCAACCGUAUGUUUGCAGACCGCAUUUUGGAAACAUAUAAACCUGGAGACAUCGUCUGGAUUCACGACUAUCAUCUUUUCUUGCUUCCACAUCUCCUCCGCCAGAAGGUUCCGAAUAUCUAUAUCGGAUUUUUCCUCCACGUCCCGUUUCCCAGUAGCGAAUUCCUACGUUGUCUUUCUAAGAGGAAGGAUAUCCUCACAGGUGCCCUUGGGGCGAAUAUGAUUGGCUUCCAGUCUCAUACUUACUCUCGUCACUUCACGUCCUGCUGCACCCGUAUUCUGGCGUUCGGAUCUACCGAAGGUGGGAUCGACGCCUACGGUGCUCAUGUUGCAGUGGAUGUUUUUCCAAUCGGAAUCGAUGUCCAGACAGUGCGAAAGCUUGCAUAUGGCGAUCCAAAUAUUCUAAACACAAUUUUUAACAUCAAAAAUAUAUAUUCAGGCAAGAAGAUAAUUGUGGGACGUGAUCGGCUGGACUCCGUUCGAGGAGUAACGCAGAAGUUAAUGGCCUUUGAAAUGUUCCUGGAACGGUAUCCCCAAUGGCGCGGCAAAGUUGUUCUCAUACAAGUUACUAGUCCCACAAGCAUGGAAGAAGAGAAAGAAGAGCCAGAUAACAAACUCUCAAGCCAGGUUUCCCAGUUGGUUUCGACCAUAAAUGGACGGUUUGGCUCGAUCAGCUUCUCCCCUGUUCAAUACUACCCCCAAUACCUCCCACGGCAUGAAUAUUUUGCUCUCCUCCGCGCUGCUGAUGUUGGUUUAAUCACCAGUGUGCGUGACGGCAUGAAUACCACCAGCCUUGAAUAUGUGGUCUGUCAGCAUGCAAAUCAGGGACCUUUGAUUCUCUCUGAGUUCUCUGGUACCGCAGGCAUUCUUGAGGAUGCUAUUCACAUCAACCCCUGGGACCUCACCGGGGUUGCUAACGCUAUCAACACAGCCCUCACUAUGGCACCUGACGCAAAGGCAAAGAAACAAGCUGCCCUUUACGAACAUGUUACCACUCAUACCGUUGUCGAAUGGUAUGAUGAGUACCUCAAACGACUUCUUGCAAAUCUUUCUUCCUUCAACAAGUCCAUGAUCACACCAGCGCUUGACAAACACAAACUUGUCUCUCAAUACCGUUCUGCACGUCGCAGGCUAUUCAUGUUUGACUAUGAUGGCACCCUCACUCCCAUCGUCAAAGACCCACAAGCCGCCAUUCCCUCGGAUCGUGUGUUACGAACCCUCAAAUCUCUUGCUGCUGACCCCAAAAACGCAGUAUGGAUCAUCUCCGGCCGCGACCAAAACUUCUUGGAGGAGUGGAUGGGCCAUAUAACGGAGCUUGGCCUCAGCGCCGAACACGGGUGUUUCAUUCGCAAACCACGCAGCGAAGAGUGGACAAAUCUUGCGGAAAAGGCAAACAUGAGCUGGCGAAAGGACGUUCUAGACAUUUUCCAGUAUUUCACCGAGCGAACCCCUGGCGCCUUUAUUGAGCGGAAACGUGUGGCCUUGACCUGGCAUUAUCGCCCCGUGGACCCGGAGUACGGCGCCCACCAGGCCAAAGAGUGUAGGGCUGAGCUAGAACGGAGUGUGGCAACUAAAUGGCCGGUAGACAUCAUGGAGGGCAAAGCGAACCUGGAAGUCCGGCCAGCGUUUGUGAAUAAGGGUGAAAUCGCAAAGAGGCUCAUUGACGAAUAUGCAGGUGUCCAUGGGCAUGAACCUGAGUUUGUACUCUGCCUUGGAGAUGACUUUACUGAUGAAGAUAUGUUCCGAGCUCUAAAGUCGUCCGAUCUGCCUAAAGAUCAUGUUUUCUCGGUCACAGUUGGCGCCAGCUCAAAGCAGACUCAAGCCAGCUGGCAUCUUCGUGAGCCUGCUGACGUGAUUUCGACUGUGACACUGCUAAACAACAGUAAGUCGGCUGUUCUAAGUGACAUGUCGUGA